AUGAAUAUUGUAACUUUCAACAUUAGAGGGAGUGGAAAUUCGGCUAAGAGAAGAAGGGUGAGCAAAAUUUUGGAAUUGGCAAAGGCAGAUUUAUGUUUUUUACAAGAAACUAAAGCAAAAAAGAUGGAAGAGUUCCUGGUGCAAAGUUUGUGGGGGAGGAGAGAGUGUGAUUGGUCUGUGGUAAAUUCAGAAGGUUUGUCGGGGGGUCUGUUAACGAUAUGGAACAAGGGUGCGGUUGAGCCCUUAUUUAGCUUUAAGGAUAAAGGAUUGCUGGGGCUUAAUGCAGUGUGGAAAAAUAUAAACUGUUAUUUCAUAAAUAUUUACACUCCAUGUGAUCUAAGGGAGAAGAGAGUCUUGUGGCAGAGUUUACUCGAGUGGAAGCAGAGAUUGCCGGUGGGUCAGUGGAUUAUCGGGGGUGACUUCAACGCAAUCAAAUUGGGGGAGGAAAGGAAGGGUAAAUCUCAAUCAAACAGGGGGGAGAUGGAGGAAUUCGUAAAGUUUAUAGAAUUAAUGAAGUUGGUGGAUCUACCUCUAGUGGGCAACAAGUUCACGUGGAUCAAUUCAAAUGGUAAAGCUCGUAGCAGAUUAGAUAGAAUUCUACUGUCAGAGGGAAUUAUUGAUCAUUGGAAAGUGGUAGCUCAAGUAGCUGGUAGAAGAGAUGUUUUUGAUCACAGAGAGUUUUUGGAAUUUGUUGAGGUGGAAUGGAAGGCUAUCUCGAUCACAGGUACAAGCGCGUAUGUCUUAAAGGAAAAGCUAAAACUGUUAAAGGGGAGAUUGAAAUGGCGGAAUCAAAAUAUUUUUGGGAAAUUAGAUUUGAAUAUUGAUGAAGAUGUGGAGGAGAUGAACGGGUUAGAAGAUGAUGAUCUAUUGGCGAUAAGUCAGCUUAGCAGAGAGGUGAUGGAUAGAAGGAGGAAUCUACAACACAAUAUUUGGAGGAACCUAAAUCUCAAAGAGAGUAUGUUAAAGCAGAAAUCCAGGAUAAGGUGGAUUAAGGAGGGUGACUGCAACACAAAAUACUUUCAUGCGGCUGUUAGGAAUAGAAGUAGGAAAAACAAUAUUGUUGCUCUGAAAAUAGAACAAGGAAAUCUAGAGGAGGUUGGGGACGUGAAGAGAGAGGAUGGAAUUGGAGGAUGCUGGGGUACAGUGGGAGACAAUAUUACUCAAUGUGUUCAAGAUUUCCACCUUAAAGCGACACUGCCACGAGCUUUCACGGCUGCUUUUAUUGCUUUGAUAUCGAAAGUUGAGCAACCACAGGGCCUCACUGGUUUCAGGCCAAUAUGUUUAAUAGGCUGCAUUUAUAAAAUCAUUUCCAAACUGUUAGCUGCUAGACUAAGGAGGGUAAUAGGAAAGCUUGUCUCCGAAUCACAAACAACUUUUGUGUCGGGGAGGCAGAUUUUAGAUGGAGUACUGGUAACAAAUGAAAUCAUAGAUUUUGCUCAGAGACAUAAUAGACCUUGCCUGCUGUUCAAAGUGGAUUUUGCGCAGGCGUACAAUUGCGUGGAAUGGGAUUUCUUAAGAGAAAUGAUGGGCAAAAUGGGGUUUGGGCACAAAUGGUUGCAAUGGAUGGAGGCCACGGUUUUCAGUAGUAACUUGUCAAUACUAGUGAAUGGAAGUCCUACGUCAGAAUUCUUCGCAAAACGGGGUUUGAGGCAGGGUGAUCCAUUGUCACCUUUUCUUUUUACUAUUGUGGCUGAAGGCCUGGCAGGUAUGGUGAAACAAUUUGUUCAUAUAGGUGGUUUUCAAGGAUUCAAGAUUAGCGAGGAUGUGUCGUAUGAGUUACUCCAAUUCGCAGAUGACACAAUACUGGUGGGUGAGGGAAGCUGGAGCAAUUUCUGGGCAUUGAAAGUUUUAUUGAGAGGCUUCGAAAUGGUAUCUGGUUUGAGAAUUAAUAUGUGGAAAAGCAAGAUGUAUGCAAUUGGGAUUGAUCAAUACUUUAUGCAGGCAGCGAGUCAAUUUCUAUCGUGUAAACUAGAUCAAGUUCCAUUCAAAUUCCUUGGAAUAGUGGUGGGAGGUAAUCCGAGGAGAAUUAAUUUCUGGAAUCCAAUAAUGUCUAUUCUGAAAGCCAAAUUCUCGCCUUGGAUCGGGAAGUUAAUGUCAAUUGGAGGUCGUGUCACUCUUAUCAACUCUGUUGUUAACAAUCUGCCAGUAUACUAUUUAUCAUUCUUUAAAAUUCCAAACAAGGUGAAAAAGGAAAUUGUAAAGCUACAGAGAAAUUUUUUGUGGCACAAUGCUAUAGAGAGAAAGGGUGUGGAUUGGAUUAGUUGGAGAACAAUAUGUAAACCGAAGGAUCAAGGUGGCUUAGGGAUAAAAGACAUUGCGGCUUUCAAUAAGGCGUUACUUAUAAAGUGGUUGUGGAGAUUCAUAAAGGAGGAUAAUGCAUUAUGGAAGAACAUUUUAGAAGCAAAGUAUGGGGCUAUGCAUGAAAGAAUUCUUUUCAAAAUUAAGAGGUCACCCUUGUCUCGAAAGUCAAUUUGGUGGAGGGACUUGAUGCAACUCAGUGAGGAAAGGGAAGAGUGCAGUUUUGGCCAAAUGGUGCUGAUUAAAUUAGGAGAUGGAGUAAAAACUCCAUUCUGGACAGGGAGGUGGAUUGGGCAGAGCCCUCUGUGCACGAUGUUUCCUAACCUUUUUCUUAUUGCAGGUAAUCCGGUGGUGGAAGUUGCUUCGAUGGGUGAGUGGGUAAAUAAUGUUUGGCAAUGGCAGAUUGAAACAAAUGUUAUUGUGGGCAACUUGGAAGCUCAGAGUGAAAAGGGAGAAUUGCUGAAUAUUCUGGAGGGUAUAGAACCGAGAAGAACAGUUUAG